UGGAACACGGCUAGCUAGCCUGCUGGCUAAAUAAGCUUACUUUUUACUACAAGUUCGUGUUAGAUGUUUAUGACAAUCAAUAUUUUAUUUUAAGCAAGUCUGAGUCAUACUGACUUCAGGAACCUCGCGGCUAACGAUAAUGCAAGUCUUUCAUUCAAUAUUUGCUCUAACUAACUAACGUUAGGUAGCUAUUGUAAAUUGUCUUCUAUUGGCUAACGGCCUCAUAUUCAUAGUUCAUAUUUUACGCGUCAUACUCUACGAUAACUUCAGCUAGUUAUCUUGUGUGUCAGUCUAAAUCCAUCCAUUUGGAAUCACGGCUAAUGUUUAGCUAUCUAACUAGUCAGUUAGCCUGACAGCUGGCUAGCUAUUGAACAGGUUGCAAGUCCUCCAUCAUCACAUCUGCCAGGCGGACUCAACCAGCAUGGAUUACCAGAACACAGCGAAUGCAGUUGGGGACUGUCUUUUGAGCUACACCAAGGACGAGUCUGGGUGGAAAGUCUGCAAGAAAUCGAAUGACGUCAUCGUGUCCUGGCGGCCAUCGACUGAGUUCCCUGGGAACGUAUAUAAGGGUGAGUCGGUGGUGAAGGGAAGCCCAGAGAAGGUAUGGGAGUGUCUGAAGCCAGUGCCAAAUGGACUGCGGGUGAAAUGGGACAACAAUGUCAAGAAGUUUGAGCUGGUUGAGCAAGUCACUGAGAACGUCACUGUCUGCAGAACAGUCACUCCAUCAGCAGCCAUGGGCAUCAUAGCUCCCAGAGACUUUGUCGACGUUAUUCUAGUGAAGCAAUACGAAGACGGCACCAUUACAUCCAAUGCCACCCACGUGAACCACCCCAACUGCCCUCCCCAGUCAGGGUAUGUGAGGGGCUUCAACCACCCUGUGGCUGCAUCUGUGUCCCAUCUCUGGGGAGCCAAACAAAACACAGCUGUUCAGUUUCUUCCAGACGGACCUGGGGGCUUCCUGCCUCGCUCCGUGGUCGACUCUUUCUUCCCAUCCAGCAUGGUGGAGUUCUACAGCAACCUGGCCAAGGCCAUCAAGUCCUUUAAGGACCACUGA